UUGGAGUUCGGAGACAUUAACAUUCUGAUAUACUUAAGUUUUAGGGUUUCUUAACAAACUAUCGACAGCCACUUGAGAAAGAAAAGUCAGAGAGUCUUUGAAACUUGAAACAGAAUUAAGAUGAGAAUGACCAAUCUUCCAAGGGAUUUGGUGGAGAAGAUCCUCUCUAGGGUCCCGGUGAAAACUAUACCAGCAGUGCGAUCUACUUGCAAAAACUGGAAUCUUAUAUCUAAAGAUGAGAGAUUUGCCAAUAAGCACAUUGAAAAUGCAGCAACAGCAGCAGCAAGAGAAAAGGAGUUUCUGAUGAUCACGACGGGGGAUACCAUGGUUUACUUGGUUAGGUUCAAUCUCUAUGAAACUUGCAACAAAAACUUCGAUGUAUCCAUAAACCGUACAUGUAUAAGUAUUCCACGAGAACAUUUACAGUUUUCAGAUGAAACACUCGUUAGAAGUCAAGUUCUUGUCUCCAGCGGUUUACUGAUAUGUGUAUGGAGAAACAUCAAAAGCAAGCUCUUGGUUUGGAACCCGUAUUGGGGAAAACCAAGAUGGAUAGAUUGCCCAACUAUGUAUUGUUCGUAUGAAAGGUUUGCUUUCGGCUAUGAUACAUCUUGUGGUAGGCACAAGAUCUUGAGGUUUAGCAGUGACAAACCCAACAGGCACGUGGAAAUCUAUGAUUUGAGCUUUGACUCAUGGAGGACUGUUGACGCACCUUCGCGCAGGAAUAUAAUAGAGUACAUUGUGCCUGGCUUGUCUUUGAAGGGGAAUACUUAUUGGUAUGCUAGAGAUUCUGAAUCAAGAUAUGGUUUAAGCUGUUUUGAUUUUACAAGAGAGAGAUUUGGACCGCAUCUGCCCCUACCUCCGUGCUCUUACUCUAAUUACUAUGCUGUUUCUCUAUCUUCGGUUAAAGAGGAGAAGCUUGCAGUGUUAUUUGCCUCAAUGUAUCCUAGUCUUGGGCUUGAUAUUUGGGUAACGAAUAAGAUCGAACCCUACGAGGUGUCCUGGAGCAAAUUCUUCAGAGUUGAAGCGAGGCAACACAUUGAUCAUUGUGUUAAGUCUGGCCAUUUUUUUAUUGACGAGGAGAAGAAGGUCGUUGUCGUUUUUGAUAGACAUAACAAUGCAUGGGUCAUUAGUGGGGAGAGUGGUCAUUUCAGAAAAGUUGAUCUCAGACAAUACUCAGAAGCUUUCGAUCUUGUCGGCUGUUAUGUUCCAAGCUCCGUGCAAACCUAGAAGAGGGAGCGCUCUUCCUCUCCUUUUGAGAAGCAACUCCAUGCUGUGGCUGUGGGCGUGGGGGCAGUUUACUUGUGUUCCAUCUCAGCAGCAGUCCAUGAUUUCCUCUGCCCUGUGUUUUUUUCUCUUUGCUACAACUUUGUUAGUUCCUCUACUUAUACAAAUUAACAUGAAAGCAAAUAGCAACAUAUUUUUUAAAAAUUACAUCUGCGCGGACCGGAAAAUUUAGUUGUUUAUUUUUCC